AUGUCCCUAAAAGUUAUAAUGAGCUCUCUUUCGAUGGUAUUUUUAGCCAGACUCAAUCGACUCUCGGCGCUCUCUGCCGAGGCAAGGGUGCUCUCUUCAGACGGCCGGCUCUUGGCAGAAACUGACCUUCUCAGCGGCGUUGCCAAUGCCGCUAACGAGACCAAUCACCGGCCAAUUCAAAGAAAGAGACGAUUCCAAGGUCUGAAAGCCAACAACUUAAUACGAGUGAACGAAUUGGCGUGA